AUAUAAAAGUAUAUAAAUAUAAUAUGAUUCCGAAAUGAAAUGAGAGUAAGUCUUUGAACUUCUGUACAGAUAAGAAGGCUUGGUGUUACUGUGAAAUAUAGAUUUAUGAUGUAUUCAUGUAAACAUCAGUGUUAUGUGUUCAGAUAUCCAUCAGUAUAUAAAGAAGUGUAAUUUAUAAAAAAAAAAAAGUAUUAAGCACAAUAAUACACCCAUACAAAACUUAUUUUAAUGUUGCUACUUUAAUAUAUUUCACUGUAUGUCGUCAUAUCCGUUUAAAGAAAGUGAAUUAUAGUAGUAAAGAAUGCUAUAUGUCUGAGGAUUCAACAAACACCACUUGUUAUGUUCGUUUAUGUUUCUUCAAUAAAGUUUACAGAAAAAAAAUCAUGUCGCUGUUGCUAGGAUACGGAACACUUUCCCAGUCUAUGCACUUUCCGCGGCAUGGCGUUGCUAGGAUACAUCAAACCGAGCUCCUUGAGUGAGUUUGAAACCGUGUUUAGUCCGUUACAGUCCUUGUUUUAGUCCCUGUGUUAUCCCGGGUUAAGUCUGUGUUUAGUCCGUGUUUAGUACUCGUUUUAGUCCGUGUGUAAAUCCGUGUAUCAGCCCGUAUUAGCCUUUUUUUAAAUCCCUGUUCUAGCCCGGGUUUAGUCCUUGUUUAGCUCGUUUUAGAGCCGCUCGGAGUGCGUUUCUCUCGGGAUGGAGAUCGUUCAUGUUUACUCGAAGCGCCGCGCGGAGUUCGGCCGGCAGUGCCUCUUCUCUGACCGGCCCGCCGAGCUACUGGUGGACGUUCCUCCGGACCCGAGCCUCGCUCAGCACUUCAUCCAGAAAAACCCCCGGGACCAGGCCCUGCCGGCCUGCCUGGACAUGUCCGAGCACCAGGUGAGUAUGACGAGCACACGAGGGAGAGGGAGCAACAGGUUACUGGUGCAGUUCGCCAAACGGCCAUGCGGUAUCGCUACAAACGCAGUCAUCCGCUUCAGGAAGAAGGUGGAGAAAGACGAGAUCUACGUCACCAGCGUGGUUCAGCUGGGACAGGGCAUGGAGCACUGCAUCAGACAGAACAACGCCGUCGACAUUUUCCAGGAGUACCUUGAGGAGGAGGAGGAGGAGGAAGAGGAAAACCAGGUGGCGCCAUCUGCCAAGACCAUCAACGUGUUCAGAGAUCCUAACGAGCUGAAGAGAACUGUCACCGGGCUCUCCUGGCAUCCUGAUGGCGGCAGGAAGUUGGCGGCCGCCUAUUCCUGCCUGGAGUUCCAGAAAUCGUCACGAGACCUGAGCGUGGACUCGUACAUCUGGGACGUUGAGAACCCCAACAGACCAGAAAUGACCCUGAGACCGCCCUCCCCCCUCGUCUGUCUGGACUACAACCCCAAAGACCCCCACACCCUAUUGGGAGGCGCCUACAACGGACAGAUUGUGUACUGGGACACCCGGAGAGGAAGCACACCUGUAGAGGUGUCCUCUGUGGAAACAAGCCACCGAGACCCCGCCUACAAGAUCCUCUGGGUCCAAUCAAAGACCGGCACUGAUGCCUUCUCCGCCUCCACCGACGGACAGGUGCUGUGGUGGGACGUGCGCAGGCUGAGUGAGCCCACAGACCGGCUGGUUCUUGACCCGAGCAGGGAGGGGAACCCGGACUGGGCUUUAGGGGCCGUCUCUCUGGAGUUUGAGUCCACUAUGCCCACUAAGUUCAUGGUGGGGACGGAGCAGGGUGUGGUCAUCUCCUGUAACAGGAAGGCAAAGACUCCGGCAGAAAAGAUCGUUUGUACGUACGACAGUCAUCACGGACCCGUCUACGCCCUGCAGAGGAACCCCUUCUUCCCGAAAAACUUCCUGACGGUGGGGGACUGGACGGCUCGCAUCUGGUCUGAAGACAUCAGGGAGUCAUCCAUCAUGUGGACGAGGUAUCAGAUGUCGUACCUCAGUGACGCCUGCUGGAGUCCGGUCAGACCGUCGGUCUUCUUUUCGGUGAAGAUGGACGGCACACUGGACGUCUGGGACAUCCUGUUCAAGCAGAACGACCCCACGCUGAGCCUCAAGGUGUGUGAUGAGCCUCUAUACAGCCUGCGUCUCCAGGACAAUGGACGCCUGGUGGCGUGCGGUUCUCAGGGGGGCGGGGCCACGCUACUGGAGGUUUGCGCAGGACUUUCGACUCUCCAGAAGAACGAGAAGAGUCUGCUGGCAUCCAUGUUUGAGCGCGAGACGAAGCGGGAGAAGAUCCUGGAGGCGCGGCAGAGAGAGAUCCGUCUGAAGGAGAGGAGCCGCUCGGAGCAGAGCCGCUCGGAGGACGGAGGACGGGAAGAUGGCGAGGAUAGCCCAGAUCAGCUGAUCGCCCGCGCAGAGAAGGACUUCUUCAGCGUGGUGGAGGCAGAAAAAAGGAGGAGGAGGGACCGUGAGGAGCAGAGCAAUGGGGAGGAGAACACCUGUGAAGACAAAAGGGAUAAAGAGGAAACAGAAGAACCUGGAGCUUCACAAGAAUAAAAGCAGUCGGAGAUUAUUUAUUUCUGUUAUUAUUAUAUUGUAAUAUUAUUUUUUUCUGCUCUGUUUGAUUUGAAAGUUUUUAAUGUGAAACGUUCCUGCACAAAACUAAACUGAUUUAAAAAGGAGUUUCUGUAACACAAAAAUAAAACUUAAACAAUUUUUAAAAUUAGAAACAGCAAGAAGAAAGUGUUAAAGUAUGAGAGUUGUAACUUCAGUAUGUUUUUCUUUAAUAAUUAUAUAAUAAAAUAUUUAUAAUAUGAGACUGACCGGUGUUUCUGUUUUUGAG